GUUUGUUUGGUUUAUUUUGACUCAGGUUUUAUUUGACCUAGCUGUUGGAUUACAAACUCAAAUGGCAUGUUUGUUCACAUCGCUUUUGUUGUUGGUUUUCGCGGUGUAGCCUACAGCUAGUUAAAUUACAGCAAUGUCAACGUGGAGCAGGCUGCACGUGAAAGUGCGGACGGCUCAUGGAUUGCUCAAUUUUACCUCCAGACGGGUGACACAACGGCACACAUGGCUGUACGGGCAAUCAACGUUGUGUCAAAACCUGAGUACAGGCAGACGUCUCCGAAACGACUUCUUCAAAGGUGGGAGACAUCAAAAGAAGUGCCGCUUACGCCAUUCUGCAAGAACGUGUCGGGAAGCAAGCUUCUCAUUCAGAAAUCCCCAAAACCUGGAGGCCCAGCUGGCAGCAAUGCGGAAGAAGGCUACGGACGCUCUGCCGGGGAGCAGCUGGAGUCCCCUGGAGGUGAACCCGAACCUUCCGCCGGAGAGGGCCGACAUUGUGAUCGUAGGAGGCGGUGUGGUGGGCUGGUCCAUCGCCUACUGGCUGAAGCAGAAGGAGAGGGUGCGAGGAGGGGUUAAAGUUAUCGUGGUGGAGAAGGACCCGACGUACUCCCAGGCCUCCACUGUGCUGUCUGCUGGGGGGAUCCGACAGCAGUUCUCUCUGCCUGAGAACAUCUACCUCUCCCUUGCCUCUGCAGAUUUCAUGAGGAACAUCAAUGAACACCUCUGCGUGUUGAACGAAGACCCAGUGGACCUGCAGUUCAACCAAUCGGGAUAUCUCUUCCUGGCCAGUGAGGAGGUGGCCCACAUCAUGGAAGAGAACUACAGCACCCAGAGACAUGCUGGAGCCAAAGUUUCCCUCCUCUCUCCGACGCAACUGAAGGAGAAAUUUCCAUGGAUCAACACAGAUGGUGUGGUGCUAGCAUCAUAUGGGUUGGAGAACGAAGGCUGGUUUGACCCCUGGACUCUGCUGAACGCCUUCAGAAGGAAAGCCAUCUCUAUGGGAGUCGUUCAGUGCUGCGGAGAAGUUACAGAUUUUAAAUAUACAACAAAGGUGGUGACUACCACUGAUGGUGAACACCUGGAUCUCAGGAGAAUAAAAUCUGUCAAAGUGCAGAUGCCGAACAGCCUGGAGUACCAGCCAGUGGAAUGUGCCAUUGUGGUGAAUGCAGCAGGAGCCUUUUCUGGUAAACUGGCAGAGAUGCUGGGAAUUGGCUCCGGUCCCAAAGACACCGUCGCUGGAAUUACUCUGCCUGUUGAGCCUCGGAAAAGGUAUGUGUAUGUGGUCCACUGUCCUGAUGGUCCAGGUCUAGACACUCCCUUCCUGAUUGAUUACUCUGGAGUUUACUUCAGAAGAGAGGGGUUAGGUGGGAACUACAUCGCUGGGACGUCCCCAGAGGAGGGGGAGGAGCCAGAUACCAGUAACCUGGAGGUGGACCACCAGUUUUUUGAGGACAAGGUUUGGCCCAGCUUGGCCAAUCGUGUUCCUGCGUUUGAGAAACUUAAGGUGACCAGCGCGUGGGCGGGUUUCUACGACUACAACACUUUUGACCAGAACGGCAUCAUCGGUAUGCACCCACUGAUCAACAAUAUGUACUUUGCCACCGGUUUCAGCGGCCACGGCCUGCAGCACUCCCCCGCUGUGGGCCGCGCUGUGGCAGAACUGAUCCUGGAUGGGAACUUUAAAACACUGGACUUGAGCGCCCUCGGCUUCAGACGCAUUCUGGCCCAGGAACCCAUGCUGGAGAGGAACAUUGUAUAGAAGAGCAGGAACCUGGACUCCUUUGACACAGCUGCCAAUUAUUACAUCUUUGGUCUUA